GGUCAUUUCAAGGCAAAGCGCUUCUUGGCACAUGUUCAAAUUGUCUCAAGUUUUGUUAGCCUUCUCUCUCGGUUACUUCUGCUUCGUGUCGUGGUCGUUGUUUGAAGUAUUCUUCCCUUCGAACUGUAAGGGACCAUCAGGAUGCAUAACACCAGGAUGGAAGCCAGACGACGAACUCAAGAUACAUUUACAAUUUAUAAAAGGAGCGGUUUUCAUUGGAGAUAUUUCAACAACUGAGACUUUUAAAAUCAAUACUGGAUUAUUAAAGAAAUAUAACUGCAUGGUCGACAUACCUUUGACUAGCGAUUCUAUCGCAACUGUUCGCUUACGCUUGCUGACGAGUACCGGCUCAAUCAUUUCGAGCAGUGAUUUUAGCCUAUUGACUCAUAAGGAGGCAACUCGUACAGCUUUCAACUUGAUGACCAGCCAUGGAUCACCCAACAAUUCAAACAAGGAUCAUGGUUUGCUUGCGCCGUUUUGGCUAUCAACACUGCGUGUAUAUGUUCUUCAAACCCCAGUGUCCUUCAGUCGAUAUAAUAUGCCUGGUGAAAUAGUUCGACGUAUUCAGCUUAGUUCAAAGGGGUAUUUGCCAGUGAUAUAUGUUAACCCCAGUUUUCAAGCCUCAAGUGAUUGGUUAGAAGUCAACCAACCACCUGAAAAUCGUCGAUUAGAAAUGGUCCUAUCCAUUGAGCCACUUUCGAUUGGACAUUUGCGUUUGCGGUGUAUGUUGGAGGCAGUGGCUGAUCAGUUACUCUCUUAUGGUAUAAAAUCAAAGGAGAUUGACGAGAUACGUGGUAUUUUUCUCGACACCAAUUUAUACCUUCUGCUGACCACAUUAUUUGUUUCUGUUUUCCAUCUGUUGUUCAGUUUUCUGGCGUUUAAAAAUGAUAUUUCGUUUUGGCGUCGGUCAGAUAAUUCAGUUGGAAUUUCUUUACGAACUAUUGUGUGGAGAUUCGUCGGUUCCUUAAUUAUAUUUCUACAUUUAUGCGAAGAGAAAAGUAGCCUAUUAGUUUCUGUUCCAAUGGGAAUAUCUACUUUGAUAGAAUUGUGGAAGUUAGGUCGAAUGACUAAAUUUUCUAUUAGUUUUUAUCAUGGUGUCCGAUGGGGUAAACGGUCGAAGGAGGAAGAAGCAACCGAUCAAUUAGAUGCACAAUUUAUGCGUUGGCUGAUGUAUAUUAUGAUUCCUCUUUGUAUUGGUGGUUCGGUUUAUUCCUUAUUUUAUUUACCACAUCGAAGCUGGUAUUCUUGGUGUUUAGAGACUAUGGUUAAUGGUGUUUACGCUUUUGGAUUACUAUUAAUGACACCUCAACUUUUCCUCAACUAUCGAUUAAAAUCUGUAGCACAUUUACCAUGGAAAGCAAUGACUUACAAAGCAUUCAAUACUUUUAUUGAUGACUUUUUCGCAUUCAUCAUCGUAAUGCCUACAUCACAUCGUAUUGCUUGUUUACGUGAUGAUUUAAUAUUUUUAAUCUAUUUAUAUCAACGAUGGCUUUAUCCGGUAGACAAAUCACGUAUCAAUGAAUUUAGUGAAAUGACUGAUGAUAAUUUCCAGUCAAAGUCUACUUCUGAUGUUACAAGUUCUAACAGUGAUAAAGGGAAAUCUAAACUAGCAUGAUUAAAUUAUUUAUUGGUGUUGUUCUUGUGAUUAUUCGUAUAGUCUGGCUUUUUAUCGAUGUAUCCAAGAUGACCGUUAUUUUAUUCUAUUCUGUUUUGUUUUAUAUGUUUUAUUUCCGUCUUAACUCAUUUGUAUAUUUGUCAAAUGUGAAUAUUUUUUGUUAGUUAAAUAAUCAGUUAUUCUUAUGGUUUUAUGUUUAUUCAAUGGACUGUUUGGUCAUUAUAUUGAUCAAAACAAUAUCAUCUCACAAACUUACUAUCUAUGUACAAUUUUACUGUACUAGGUUAUAUGACAACUAUUAUACUAACCUGGCUACCAAAAGUUCGGUAGGCAUAGCUUCUAUGAAUAAGACCAUCAUGUAGCGUGAAAUAAACAUGCGGAUUACCAUUCUUAUCGAUAUUUGUUCAUCCCGUUUGAGAUUUUCAGCCAUAAAUUACGAUUGUAUUGUGAAUUCAAACUAUGAAUUGUUUAUUCCUUGAUGGAUUAAAACAGUCUACAAUAAUCUACUAUAUUAAAGACUGGACCAGUUAUGUCUCAGUACUUUGUAUUUCCCAUUUAAUUAAAAAGACAGCGAAUUCAUUACAGUCAGACGAAUUUUCGUCCCUAUUUCUGAAAACAUUCAAAAGAUCUCGUUGAUCAUAGAUGCUAAAGUUCAUAAAAGCACAGUAGCUUCAUCGUUACUUAAUAUCGCCCAUAUCAAUCAGUCGUCUACAACGUAGGAUCAGGCACAUAUAUGCAUCGGUCGAAGUUGCCACACCUCAUUAGCACAACAAGAUGAACAUCAAAUUAAUAGAAGUAGUUACUUCAAUGGCAGUAGUAUAUAUAAAAAAGAUUG